UAAUGCUGGAAAAAGUACAGAGUUCAGGGAAAGACUUAACUUGUAACUUUCUGCAUUCUUGGAUUUUUUUUUUUUUUUGCUAUUUUUUUAACUUUCACUGAGGAUUACUGUAGUCUCAUGUGUCCUCCCAAGGGUCACAAAAUUUGACAAGCUGUACUUUUUCUUGUGCUCAAUGAUUUCUGCUUUAAACCAAAGGACCACCUAUAAUUUUACUAAGAAUGUCUUCUAAUUCGGAUACUGGAAAUUUACAAGAUUCUCUAAAGCACGGAUUUACGCCUAUUGGUGCUGGGCUUCCGGACGGACACGGACCCCCUAUCCCCGUCCGCGGCCGCCCUGUCAUGCUGCCCAAAGUGGAGACGGAAGCCCUGGGACUGGCUCGAUCGCAUGGGGAACAGGGGCAGAUGCCGGAAAACAUGCAAGUGUCUCAGUUUAAAAUGGUGAAUUACUCCUAUGAUGAAGAUCUUGAAGAGCUCUGUCCAGUGUGUGGGGAUAAAGUGUCUGGAUACCAUUACGGACUCCUCACCUGUGAAAGCUGCAAGGGAUUUUUUAAGCGAACAGUCCAAAAUAAUAAAAGGUACACAUGUAUAGAAAACCAGAACUGCCAAAUUGAUAAAACACAAAGAAAGCGUUGUCCUUACUGUCGAUUUCAAAAAUGUCUGAGUGUUGGAAUGAAGCUAGAAGCGGUAAGGGCUGACCGAAUGCGCGGGGGAAGGAAUAAAUUUGGGCCAAUGUACAAGAGAGACAGGGCCCUAAAGCAACAGAAAAAAGCCCUCAUCCGAGCCAAUGGACUUAAGCUAGAAGCCAUGUCUCAGGUGAUCCAAGCAAUGCCCUCUGAGCUCACCAUCUCUUCUGCAAUUCAGAACAUCCAUUCUGCCUCUAAAGGCCUACCUCUGAACCACGCUGCCUUGCCUCCUACAGACUAUGACCGAAGUCCCUUUGUAACAUCCCCCAUUAGCAUGACAAUGCCACCUCACGGCAGCCUGCAAGGUUACCAAACAUACAGUCACUUUCCCAGCCGGGCCAUCAAGUCCGAGUACCCAGACCCCUACACCAGCUCACCAGAGUCGAUCAUGGGCUAUUCCUACAUGGAUAGUUACCAGACGAGCUCCCCGGCAAGCAUCCCACAUCUGAUAGUGGAACUUCUGAAGUGCGAGCCCGAUGAGCCCCAAGUCCAGGCCAAAAUCAUGGCCUAUUUGCAGCAAGAACAAGCUAACCGAAGCAAGCAUGAAAAGCUGAGCACGUUUGGGCUUAUGUGCAAAAUGGCUGAUCAGACCCUUUUCUCCAUCGUUGAGUGGGCCAGGAGUAGUAUCUUCUUCAGAGAACUUAAGGUUGAUGACCAAAUGAAGCUGCUUCAGAAUUGCUGGAGUGAGCUCUUAAUUCUCGACCACAUUUACCGACAAGUGGUACACGGAAAGGAAGGAUCCAUCUUCCUGGUUACUGGGCAACAAGUGGACUAUUCCAUAAUUGCCUCCCAGGCCGGGGCCACCCUCAACAAUCUCAUGAGUCACGCACAGGACUUAGUGGCAAAGCUACGCUCUCUGCAGUUUGAUCAACGAGAGUUUGUGUGUCUGAAAUUCUUGGUGCUCUUUAGUUUAGAUGUCAAAAACCUUGAGAACUUCCAGCUGGUAGAAGGUGUCCAGGAACAAGUCAAUGCCGCCCUGCUGGACUAUACGAUGUGCAACUACCCACAGCACACAGAGAAAUUCGGGCAGCUGCUUCUUCGACUACCCGAAAUCCGGGCCAUCAGCAUGCAGGCUGAGGAAUAUCUCUACUACAAGCACCUGAACGGGGAUGUGCCCUACAAUAACCUCCUUAUUGAAAUGUUGCAUGCGAAAAGAGCUUAGGUUCCAGUCCCUAGAAGCUCUGCUUUCAAAACAAAAAGAGAUUGGUGGGGGGGAAAAGACAGGAAGAAAGAAAAAAAAAAAUACUCUGAACUGCUCUAAGCAACACUAAUUAAAAACUUGGUUUAAAGAUAUUGAGUUUAAAACGGCAUAAUAAUCAAAUACUUACUAGCAAAUAAAUGAUGUAUCAGGGUAUUUGUAUUGCAAACUGUGAAUCAAAGGCUUCACAUCCCCAAAGGAUUCCAUAUAAAGACACUGUAACGGAGUGGAUUGAACUCCUGGAUGGAUACCAACACCAUACUGGAAUAAAAACGGACGGAACAAUUCUUGUAUAGUUAAACUGAUCUCCGCUGUGAAGAAAUUUAGAAACUGAUCUGUGUUAUUAAUUAGGCUUCUACAGCAGGGGAUUUGAGCUUAUGGAAUGCCUCCACGGUAAAGCUGAACUAAAACGACUCAAAAAAAAAAAAAAAAAAUCCAUCGGCUGCGCCUGUAAUAGCCCUUCCCUCUUCCUUUCAAGGACCCAGCACCUUCUGUCCUGUGAUCACGGAAUCUGUCCUUAUGGACUUGUGCUCAGCCACACCCACUAGUAGCUCCACCAAAUCAUGAAAAGCCUAAUUUUGAAUGUUUGUGUCUUAGACCUGCAAACAGUUGAUAAGAACAGUCUGUAAUAUGUUAGCUUGCCAUUUUAAAUAUGUUCUGGGUUGUUCUGUCAUGUGUUCAUGUAAAAAAAAGAAAAGCAGGCAGUAUCCCUCUUCUGACCUUAUAUAAGCAUUAAUUAAUAUUAAGGGAAAGGACUACAAACUUAAAACAAAUGCUCCAUAGCUAAAGCACGCUAGACCUUAUUUCUGCUUCUGUUACUGAAAUGUGGCUUUGGCGUUGUCAGAUUUCAUGAAAAUUUCUUGCCAAAAGGCUCGUUAGGGUACAUCCAUCUUUUGAACCAUCAAAGUUUGUAGUUCGUUUGAAAAUAAAACCUGAGACAUAUUUUAAUCUGGGAUGUCAAAUAGUCACAGUGCUAAGUAGUUUAAAGUAAAACCGAAGCAUGUUAAACUAUGCAAAAAGAAAGGAAAUGUGAGCUUGUCAAUUGUCUCAAGUCUCCUAUUUGUUGCAGUUGAACACCCCCUUAACAUAGAAUGGCAACAGUGAUGCCUACAGAUGGACUGGAAAGAUACUAAAGCAAUCCCAAUCUUCCCCAAGAGGUGAAGGAAGAGAGUGAUACUGACCUUUCUGAGUCAUAGACCAAAGUCUGCUCUAGAACAAAUAUUGAAGGACAAAGACUUGCAAAACAAACUCUCCCAACAACGAUAGCAGUAUUAUUGACAUGUAAUGCCACAGGUAUGGAAGUCUUGCCUUAUUUCACAAUUCUGAGAGGUAGCUGUGCAGAUGUGGAUCAACAUUUGUUUAAAAUAAAGUAUUAAUACUCUCAAGUCAAAAGAUAGUGUUUACAUUCUUUAGGUCCUGUGGGGGGAGGGAGGGAAAACUGAUAUUACAAAAUAGCUAAAGCAGUAAUUUCCUUAAUGUUAUUUUUCUGAUUGGUAAUUAUUUUUAACAGUACUUAAUUAUUGUAUGUCGUGAGACACUAAAAUCAACCACGGGAAUCUCAUUUAGACUUUGAUUUUUUUUUUUUUUUUUGAGAUUAUCAGCGGCACAAUCACUUGUAAAAACUGUAAAAACUGAAAAGUAUCUCCUAGUCCCUUAAUUUUUUUCAUAAAUGUUUCAGGCUUUUGAAUAGUUUAUUUAUAUUGUAUAUCAUAGUUUCAACUGUAGACAAUGAUGAUGCUAAUUUAUUGUUCCUUGGUUUCACCUUUGUAUAAGAUAUAGCCAAGACUGAAGAAACCAAAUAUAUGUGUUUACUGUAGCAUGUCUUCAAGUUAGCAGAACAUAGUUCAGGGACAGAGAAGGGUCUUAAUGAAUUAAAAUCAUCCACUUGAUUAAAUGUCUGUAAAUCUACAUAAUUACCACUGUAGUUUAUUUAAUAUCUAUUGUAAAUUAUGUGACUUGUAGUUUCCUCUGUUUUCAAGUAAGUUUAACAAGGGUGGAGUCUUCCCUGGUUUCCUCUACAAGCAUUGUAAGUUGUAUACCAAAGAUAUGAGUUACUACUUCUGUGUGUACAAAAGGAUUAUUUUAUUAUUUUUUUAAUCGCCUCUAAUAUUCGUCCACAUGAAGGGUACACGUUCGCUAAGCGGAGUGUUCACAGCUCCUCAAUGCAAAGUCUCAGUCACCUGUAAUCACAGUUCAAAGGACAAAGAAAAAAGAGCUGAUCAGAGUCCAUGUCCAAAGCUUUAAGUGGACCGGCAGUAUCCUUACUCUCCCCUGUUAAAAACCAACUUGGCUAGAAGACCUGUGGAGAGGAAUGGAUGUUGUCAACACUGAAAUGGUUGCGUCCUGUAUGUGGAACAUGGGUGGCGGCAAUUACGAGAUUGGUGGGAUAGUUAUUUGGAGUGUCUUUAACAUUGCAAAAACAAAAAACAAAGAACAAACCCCUAAGUACAUUGAUUCUGAAAGUCCAUUUUCUCUUAUUUUAAAUAACACAGUAGUACUCUCCGCUGAAAAUAAAACCUAGGAAAUGUCAAUUACUGGUAUGUUGUUAAACUAGCAAAUUCCAUCCUAAGUGCAGUUAGAAAGAAAGACGGGCAACACAGAGAGUUAGGUCCACACUCGUGGUGACAUCAAGAAAAGAAAUUGAAAAAACAAAAACAAAAACAAAAAAACCCACACCAGAAAUUGAUAAACAAGAAUGUACCCCAGCGGACUGUGGUCCAUCCACGGUUGGCCAGGGAUCUUUCUCUAGUGCUCGUUGUUAACCCGUCUGCCACGAGACAUUUCCUUAGCAACUGCCUUACCAGUUACAGGAUUCAUUAGUAAAAGCAGACUCAGAUAUAAACUUUUUUUGGCUUAGCGUGGUUCAUUAGAGUUGGUCUCUGUUUGUCAACAGACAAUCUGUCAUGUCUGAACAUUUGUACUGCAGAUCCACAGCUACCUUGGACCUGAAUCCAUGCAAUGUUUCGAGUGUGAAGUCGGUUACUUGUUGGCGUUUUCUUACUGUAUCGGUGAAAUAACACAAUGUCAUGUCAGUUCUUGUCAGGAAUUUCUGGACAAAAUGGGUUUUUUUUUCAGUAUUUCAAUAAAUAUUGAUAUGCCCAGCCUGA